AUGUCCGCAAAGAAACAGCAGAAGCCCAAGUUCGAGGUCAGAGGCUAUAGCGAGCACAAAGCUCCCAAACCGGCUUCUCCCUCAGCGAGCACGAUCCUCGUCUCCCCCAGCAAUGAGAUCCUCCUUCUUCACCGUGUCCAGACCUCUAGUGCUUUCCCCUCAGCGCACGUGUUUCCCGGAGGCAACCUAGAACCCAGUGACGGGGAGCUGCCGAGUGAUCCCAAGGAUGUGAAUCGGCAUCUGGAAAACAUUGCCUAUCGCACCGGCGCGAUUAGGGAGCUGUUUGAGGAGACGGGGAUAUUGUUGGCUCGCGAAUCCAAAACCGCAGAGUCGCUGCUCCCCGUCAGCACGGCGGUGAGAAAGGACGGCCGCGAAGCGGUGCACAAGGGCAAGAUCCCCUUCAAGUCCUGGCUAUCUUCCAUUUCCCCGAACGCGGUCCUCGACACGGACCGCCUGAUCCCGUUCACCCACUGGGUGACCCCGCCUAAUGUACCCAAACGAUUCACCACGCAGAUGUACAUCUACUUUGUCGACCCCUCGGAGAAGGGCAAUCCAAGUGUCCACGCGACCGCGGAUCAGAUCGAGACCAUGGCGCCAGAGUGGAGGACCGCGAGGGAUUGGUUGAGUAUGGCGAGAAGUGGAGACAUCAUCCUGUUUCCGCCUCAAUUUCUCCUCCUCUACCUUGUCUCUGAGAUCCUCGAUGGACCCGGCGAAAGCGAGGAGGAUAUUUUGAAAAAAAGGGAGAUAUUGAAACGACGGAUUGACACGGAAGGGAAACCGGUGCCAUGGAAGGAGAAGUUUAUUUCUCCCAUCGGCAUGAGUUUCGGCGAGGACGGCCGAAGCGUGCUUGCGCUCGAUAAACCGGGUCCCGAAUUGAAAGGGUCGGAUUUGAAGGGGGACGACGAGUACGUUGUGAUCGUGAAAUUCAACAAAGAGGGACCAAGGGACGUGGAGAUUGGUUUGAGAAAGGACGUCCUGAGGGAAAGGAGGGAAAAGGGAAUAGAAAAGGCGAGUAAGAUAUAG